CCAAUCCCUUCUCUUCUCUCAAUUAUUCUCACAAAGCUUUUUUUCAAAAAAAAAAAGACUUAACUCGAAAGCUUCCGAGUUUCAACUCUCUCCGAUCGAUCUGAGCUUGAGUUGCAGAGAGGAAGAAGAAGAAGAUGGGUUGUGCUCAAUCCAAGAUCGAGAACGAAGAAGCCGUCACUCGUUGCAAAGAGCGAAAACAGUUCAUGAAAGAUGCCGUCUCCAAUCGUAACGCUUUCGCCGCCGCACACUCAGCUUACGCCAUGGCUCUUAAAAACACCGGAGCUGCUCUCUCCGAUUACUCUCACGGCGAAUUUCUAGUAUCCGGUCACUCUUCUUCAUCCGCCGCCGCAAUCGCUUCUUCUUCCUCAGUUCCCACCGGCGUAUCUCCUCAAUCCCCUUCUUCCGCCGCCGCAAUUUCUAAUUCCGCCGCUUCUUCUUCCUCCGCAUCCGCCGCGAUUCCUCAGCCUAUGCCCGAUACUCUCCCACCACCUCCCCCUCCUCCACCGCUUCCUCUCCAGCGAGCUGCUACCAUGCCGGAGAUGAACGGUAGAUCCGGUGGUCCGUCUGGGAAAGGACUCAACGGGACAAUAAUUGAGGAAGACGGAACCCUAGACGAUGACGAUGACUCCGAAUUGGAGAAUCAUGACCGUUUGGUUAGGAAAUCGAAAAGCCGUGGAGGCAGCAGUAGAGGUAGGACGAUGAUUGAGGAUCACCAGGAAGCGCCGCCUCCUCCUCCGCCGCAAUCCAUGACGGCGAAUUCAAGGCCGAUUCCGCCGCCACGUCAGCACCACCAUCAACAACAGCAACAACAGGAACCUUUCUUCGAUUAUUUCUUCCCCAAUGUUGACAACAUGCCUGGAACCACUUUAGAGGACACUCCUCCUCCUCCUCCACAGCCACAACCACAGGCUAAACCUGCGCCUCCUCAACCAGCUUCACCAUCCACAGAGGAAGACGAAGAAGAGGAGGAGGAUGAGGAGGAGGAAGAAGAGGAGACGGUGGUUGAACGGAAACAGCCGGUGGAGGAAAGGCCGAAGAGAGUGGAGGAAGCGAGUGUGGAGUUGGAUAAAGCUGCUAAUUUUAGAGGGAUGAAGAAGAGCAAAGGGAUGGCCAUCGCCGGAGAGAGGAGAGGAGGGAGACAAGUAACGACUAAUCUAGCGAAUGUAUUCAAUGAGCUUGAUGAUAGUUUCUUGAAAGCUUCUGAAAGUGCUCAUGAGGUUUCCAAGAUGCUUGAAGCUACUAGGCUCCAUUACCACUCUAAUUUUGCAGAUAACCGAGGCCAUAUUGAUCACUCUGCUAGAGUGAUGCGUGUAAUUACAUGGAAUAGAUCGUUUAGAGGAUUACCAAAUGCUGAUGUUAGUAAGGAUGAUUUCGAUAACGAAGAAAACGAAACUCAUGCUACUGUUCUUGAUAAAUUGCUUGCAUGGGAAAAGAAGCUCUACGACGAAGUCAAGGCCGGUGAACUCAUGAAAAUCGAGUACCAGAAAAAGGUUGCUCAUUUAAAUCGGGUAAAGAAGCGAGGUGGCCACUCGGAUUCAUUAGAGAGAGCCAAAGCAGCAGUUAGUCAGUUGCAUACAAGGUACAUAGUUGACAUGCAAUCCAUGGACUCCACAGUUUCAGAGAUCAAUCGUCUUCGGGAUGAACAACUAUACGUAAAGCUCGUUCACCUCGUCGAGGCGAUGGCGAAGAUGUGGGAGAUGAUGCAAAUGCAUCAUCAAAGACAAGCCGAGAUCUCAAAGGUUUUGAAAUCACUAGACGUUUCUCAAGCGGUGAAAGAAACAAACGACCAUCAUCACGAACGCACAAUCCAGCUCUUGGCCGUGGUUCAAGAAUGGCACACACAGUUUUGCAGGAUGAUUGAUCAUCAGAAAGCAUACAUAAAAUCACUAGGCGGAUGGCUAAAGCUAAAUCUCAUCCCUAUCGAAAGCACACUCAAGGAGAAAGUAUCUUCACCUCCUCGAGUUCCAAAUCCCGCAAUCCAAAAGCUCCUCCACAUUUGGUACGACCGUUUAGACAAGAUCCCUGACGAAAUGGCGAGAACCGCAAUAAUCAACUUCGCUGCGGUUAUAAGCACGAUAAUGCAGCAGCAAGAAGAAGAGAUUAAACUCAGAGACAGAUGUGAAGAGACAAGAAAAGAAUUGGGAAGAAAAAUCAGACAGUUUGAGGAUUGGUACUACAAAUACAUGCAGAAGAGAGGACCGGAGGAUAUGAAUCCGGAUGGGUCAGAAGCAGAUAACGAUCAUAAAGACGAGGUCGUUGUGAGGCAAUUCAAUGUAGAACAAAUUAAAAAGAGGUUGGAAGAAGAAGAAGAAGCUUACCAAAGACAAAGCCAACAAGUUAGAGAGAAGUCUCUGGCUAGUCUGCGAACUCGCCUUCCCGAGCUUUUUCAGGCAAUGUCUGAGGUUGCGUAUUCAUGUUCGGAUAUGUAUAGAGCGGUUGUGUAUGUGACUCAGCGGCAAAGCCAAAGCGAACGGCAUCAGAAACCUAGCCAGGGACAAAGUUCGUAAGAACUCAUGUAAGAACAGAGUAAUGUUUUCUUUUUCUUUGGUCUUAAUUUUUAAGCACACACAAAUACAACGUAUAGCUAAAUCUUUAUCAUUGCUUUCUUAUAUUAAGUUUUGGGUUACAUAAGGUUUGUUACAUUUGAGUUAUAUAGUGUUGAUUUUUAAGGAAUUGUUCUUAGUAAUAAAAUAGUUUUGUUAUGAGAUACUGUUGUAAUUGAUCAUUUGUAUAGUGAUUUGUAAAUGACUUGUAAUUUGUC